UGCUGUUUGUCUUAUCCUUCUAGAUUUUUCCAAUGUGCAUGAGGCUCCUUGAAAGCACGACCCUUCAUGGCGUAGAUUUCAACCUAAAUUUGUCAAUCCUGUUGAACGACAUCGAAUGUCGUCGUCUUUUUCCAUCGUUCGUGAUCACUCUUCAUUCAAGAAAGAGAGAAAACAGCGGAAUCAGGAAACUUCGACUUGCUGGUCAUGUUAAGUGCAAAAACCUGAUGCCACAAGCUGUUUUUGCGGCACUAGCCGCCGCUGGUCGAACCUACGCUCGGAAGCGACAGGCGCAGCGAGAGGAUCUCUCCACGGAGCACCCACCUCCUGGACCCAGGGGACAGCUUUAUCGUCGGUGGGACGUGUUUGUAGUUGACUUGAAUUUUAGUUCUUGAAUUUGUUGGUUCUUGCAUGUAGUUGUCGACUAUUGAACUUGUAUAGAAUGAAGAAAGGUGAACGUGAAGCGACAACAUAGCUUUGUCCCCGACCGAAUGCUGCAGUGCUGAAGAUUUCUCCAUAACUCCUCGAUUUUUCAUGUCUUUGUUCGACCUCUCCUCUAAUUCUGCGAAGCCGACGUGAGCGAUCUCACGAACCGUCCAGUGUGCUGUUUCUUUGCCAUUUGCUGUUGUAUGGCUUUCUGCGGACGCAGCGCUAACCUUUUCAAAGGCGGCUCCAACCCAUCCAAUCCCGAGCAAGAGCAUUACGCGCAAGCACGUGGGACCUUCUUUAGUCGUUGGGUACAUCCCAGAGACCCAGAUUUGAGGGGUGCUUUCUCUUAACAACGGAGUCGGUGGUUCUUGUGGCUUGGGGCUGUGGCGUAGAGUUCGAGGUUUAGAGGUUUCUCUUCCUAGAAGAAGCGAAGUACAUUAAAAGACUUUACCAGAUCACGAAGAUGAUGUUCACGUUUACAGACAAUCAAUUUCAUGAUUUUUGAAAUGGAGUCGACUUUACUCACAGCACGCCUAUGCUUUACGCGUGAGAACAAGUGGAACUUGCAAAACGAACCUCUCGCGUGAUGGGGCAUGUCUUCAUUCUAUAGAAAAAUCCUCUGGUCAUCCAUCCUCCACAAACCCACAAACAUUAUUUUUCCCAAUUUUUGGAUCGAGAUUCAUAAUUUUCCUUUUGAAACUGCGCCGCAAAAUGGUCUUUUUCACUCCAG